AUGGAGCUUACCUUCAUUAUUGGGAUUGAGGAGAGGAAGAGAGGUCGGGUGGAGACAUAUGAAAGACAAAAAAAAGCCACAAAUGAGUACAACACUACAGAAGAUUGGAGUCUUAUUAUGGACAUAUGUGACAAAGUUGGGAGCACUCCUAACGGAGCAAAAGAUUGCCUAAAAGCCAUAAUGAAAAGGGUAAAUCAUAAGGUUCCUCAUGUUGCUCUGCAGGCGUUAACUCUUCUUGGGGCUUGUGUGGCAAACUGUGGAAAGAUAUUUCAUUUAGAAGUAUGUUCCCGUGAUUUUGCAACAGAAGUACGUGCUGUGAUAAAAAAUAAGGCUCAUCCUAAAGUGUGUGAAAAACUGAAAUCUUUAAUGGUGGAGUGGUCAGAAGAAUUUCAGAAGGAUCCUCAGUUUAGUCUAAUAUCUGCAACUAUUAAAUCUAUGAAAGAAGAAGGAAUUACUUUUCCUCCAGCAGGUUCUCAGACUGUCUCAGCUGCUGCCAAGAAUGGUACAUCAUCGAACAAAAACAAAGAAGAUGAAGACAUAGCUAAAGCUAUUGAAUUAUCAUUACAAGAGCAGAAGCAGCAGCACACAGAAACAAAAUCCUUAUAUCCAUCUGCAGAAAUUCAGUUAAAUAAUAAAGUUGCAAGGAAAGUGAGAGCUUUAUACGAUUUUGAAGCCGUUGAGGACAAUGAACUUACUUUUAAACAUGGUGAAAUUAUUAUUGUUUUGGAUGACAGUGAUGCCAAUUGGUGGAAAGGAGAAAAUCACAGAGGAACAGGACUCUUCCCAUCUAAUUUUGUAACAACUAAUUUAAACAUAGAGUCUGAGGCAGCAGCUGUGGACAAAUUGAAUGUAAUUGAUGAGGAGGAGGAGGAAAUUAAGAAAUCAGAGCCUGAGCCUGUUUAUAUAGAUGAGGAUAAGAUGGAUAGAGCCCUGCAGGUACUCCAGAGUAUAGAUCCAACAGAUUCAAAACCAGACUCCCAAGACCUCUUGGAUUUAGAAGAUAUCUGCCAACAGAUGGGUCCAAUGAUAGAUGAAAAACUUGAAGAGAUUGAUCGGAAGCAUUCAGAAUUGUCUGAAUUGAAUGUAAAAGUCUUGGAAGCCCUGGAACUAUAUAACAGGUUGGUGAAUGAAGCACCAGUAUAUCCAGUCUAUUCGAAGCUCCAUCCUCCAGCACAUUACCCACCUUCAUCAGCUGGGGUUCCAAUGCAGACAUACCCAGUUCAAUCGCAUGGUGGAAACUAUAUGGGUCAAAGCCUUCACCAAGUCACUGUGGCCCAAAGCUACAGCCUAGGACCAGAUCAGAUUGGUCCACUGAGAUCUCUGCCUCCAAAUGUAAAUUCCUCAGUGACAACACAGCCUGCACAGACUCCAUAUUUAAGCACUGGACAAGACACUGUUUCCAACCCUACUUACAUGAACCAGAACUCUAACCUUCAAUCAGCUGCUGGUACAGCUGCUUACACACAGCAGAUGGGGAUGCCUGUGGAUAUGUCAUCGUACCGGAACGCUACUUCCAAUUUGCCGCAACUGGCAGGCUUUCCGGUGGCGGCUCCCGCUCAUUCAGUUGCACAGCAGCAAACAAAUUACCAUCAGCAGCCGCUUCUUUAG